AUGGAGGAGCGCGAGCGGGGGGCGAGGCCGGCUCGCGCCGGGAGCCCCGCGAGCCCGCCCAGCCCGCGGCUCGAUGUCAGCUCGGACAGCUUCGACCCGCUGCUGGCCCUGUACGCGCCGCGCCUGCCCCCGAUCCCGUACCCCAACGCGCCGUGCUUCAACAACGUGGCGGAGUACGAGAGCUUCCUGCGGAGCGGGAGCCGGGGCGGCGGGCGCGGCCGGGCGCGGGGCGCGGCGGGCGGCUCCGGGGACGCGGGAGCCGCCGCGGGAGCCUCGGGCGGCCGGUCGCGGCGCCGCGCGGCCCCGGACCCCGAGCGCAUCCAGCGCCUGCGCCGCCUCAUGGUGGUGAAGGAGGCCGACGGCGCCGAGCAGGAGGCCGGGGCGCGCCGCCAGGGCCCGGGGCGCGCCAGGAAGGCCCCGCGCAACGUGCUCACGAGGAUGCCCUUGCACGAAGGCAGCCCUCUGGGUGAACUCCACCGCUGCAUCCGGGAGGGGGUGAAGGUCAACGUGCACAUCCGCACUUUCAAAGGCCUCCGCGGCGUGUGCACAGGCUUCCUCGUUGCGUUUGACAAGUUCUGGAAUAUGGCACUCACAGAUGUGGACGAGACCUACCGGAAACCUGUCCUAGGCAGAGCGUACGAGCGAGAUUCCUCGUUGACUCUUACCAGGCUGUUUGAUCGGCUGAAGCUUCAAGAUUCCUCCAAGAAGGAAGCAGAUUCUAAGUCUGCAGUUGAAGACUCCACUCUGUCUAGAUACUCCCAGACGUCCACGUGGAAGGUGGCUUCAGUGUGGGGACGAGGAGACACUGAUCGCGGCUCCCACAAGCGUUCCCGCUCUGUCCCUUCUUCCAUGCAGACAUCUGCAAGGGAGGAGUCCAGGUCGGAGCUGUCUGGGAGGACAACUCGGACAGAAGGGUCUAGUGUGGGAGGUACCUUGUCCAGGGCCACCACCCUUUCCAGGGGCCAGCCCCGUAAGAAAAAGCGAAAGCCCAAGGUGGAUUACCAGCAGGUAUUUACUCGACAUAUAAACCAGAUUUUCAUUCGAGGCGAGAACGUCCUGCUGGUGCAUCUUGCACAGUGACGAGCUCCGCCUCGCUUGGGCUCUGGUGUGUAGAGAGAAAGUGCAUGAGUUGCUUCUGUGCCAUAUACUAGCAUCCCAUUGAAACUCUUGAGUCGGAAUGAGUCCCUCUGGUCGUACAGGUGCGGAGGCCAGAGCAGGCUCAGCCUCUGGAAGAUGAGCGCGAGGGAGGACGGGCGAAGGGAGGACGGGCAUUUGAGUUCAUUCACAGGCAGGAACCAUUCGUGGGUGCAUCUAGUUGGGUGUCAAUGUCUGCUUCUGACUCUCAAGCCAAGGGUCAGUUCUUCCCUUUGUCACGGGUCACAGUGGGAGCAAGAUCCACUUCUAGAAACUAUAUAGGAAGCAGAUACUCUCAGUGGAUGAGCUCAUUUCUUAACCACCAGUGCCCUGAGCGCCGUGAACUUGACUCUUAAGAGUAGUUCUAAGUUGCCUGGCGGCCCCCUCCAUGUCUUAUAACUGACCUUUGAAUUGUGUGCUACACCAUCCUCUCUUGAUCAAGAAAUUAAGCUCAUAUCAAUACAAUCUAGAAGAACUAUUACUGAUGCAGGGGUGACAGCUCCACUUCGGCCCCUCUCCUCCCGUGGGAAGGAACACAGGACCUCAGCGGUCUCCCCUCACCAGAGGUAGCCUCUGUAAGUGGUAUGCCAGAUGGGACUAUGACAUGCUUGUGUGGUGGCUUCUGUCCCCUCUGACCUCUGUGGCGCGGUGCUAGUGCAUGUGCUGUGGUAUUUAUUGCCCCUAUAUGUAGUGUGUGAACCUGUCCUGAUGUGACUCCAUGUCUGACCUCAGAGUCCUGCGUGAACUCAGUAAUGUACAUACACCGCAUGGCCGAGAGUCCCCCUUCCAGACGGGGCUGGCAUGUGUCACGUAUCUUUCAGAAUGGUCUCACCGUGAAAAAGGGGUGUGCUUUUAUUCCCUGUGCCAGGCCAAAGACAUGCUUAGAAAGUAGAGUGGGCACAUCGUAAAAGACCUUUCAUUCACAGCUAGGCUUGAGUAGGUCUGUAGGACUCACAAGUGCGCCUACUGGAACUUUAUUUCCAUAUGCAUCUCGAUCACCAGUGCCGAGUGGGCUGCAUCUUGACACAAACUGUUAGGCAACAUUGAUUUCUUAAUUUUGUUUAUAUUUGCUUUCUCUUAGAUAACUUAUGUUCAGAGUGAGAAUAAGAAGUUACUAAUUAGUUAAAAUGGGUGAUAAAGAAACUUUUCCCCCCUGCGUGUGUUGUGCAACAUGGAUAAGCCUUCUGAGAAGCAGGGCGGAUAAAGUGGAGGGAGCCGGGCCACCUGAUUCUUCUGCUAGCUGGACCACUGCCUCGCCAGCCAAAUAAGACUGAGAGGAGUACCCCGCCGUGCCUCAGUUUCCCCAUCAGACACCUACCUCACAGGGGCAAUGUGGUAGAAUUUUUAGAAGACAUAUUACAGCCUCUAAACAUGUCAAAGUGCCAUGAGCAAUUUUUGCUCACUCCUGUUUCAAAGCUCUGUAAGAAUUCUGUGUCUUAUGAGCAAGGCAGGUGCUAUAUAAGACAGGAGUCUUCCUGGGUGCCACGCACUGGUCUUGUAACUGUCACCAGAAGGCAGCGAAAACUCCAGGAGCUAGUUUUCUUACUCCAUGCCCUCCUCGGGAGGGACAGUGGCAGUCGUCAGAAGGACACCGUCAGUGCAGGGAGAGGGAUGUUGCUGCUUCCCCCACGACCCAGCCCCGCCCUUUUCUGAUAUUGAUCAGAAAGAGUUCCCUUGAACUUUCCAAGGUUAUAUGAUAGUACCAAUGGGAGAAGGUGCAUUUAAAAAUGACAUUAUCCCCAAAGGGGAAUCUGUGGACUUUUUGUUUGUUUUUUUGUUUACUUGUUUUUAUUUUUGAACGUAUCUUACGUUCUGCAGACAGAUCAGAUGCGCUCAAGUUGGCGGAGUUUCUAAGUACAAACUCAAGGUGACCGUUAUCUUUGGCACCUGCCAGUCGAGAUUCUCUCAGUAGUGUGUCCCAGAUCUCAGUUCUCAAGUCUAAAUGAACAGGUAUCCAUGCCCAGAUCUCUACUGGCGUCACCUUGGUGGCUAGCCUCUCCUAUCUGCCCUGUUAGUCCUCAGUCAGACCCUGUAGCAGAUAUUCCCUAUGUUCCCAAUAAUGUAGAAAUGUGCAAUCAAAGGGAGUGUGAUGAAUUCUAUUCAUUCUAAUGCUGGGUUAAAUCUACCUGGUUGGUUUUGUACACACGCCUGUUUUUGUGUUUAUGUACAGCUCUCGCAAGUCCAAUUGAGAAUCGAUUUACAAUUUUCUCCCCAACACGACCACUCUGGCCGUGAAAAUUCUCUUUAAACUGUGUGCUCUCUCGUGGGCUCUGUUAUUUGCCCUCCAUGUAUUGGUUUAGUUUGGACAGUGAUUUGGAAUGAAUACCUUAGUAAAUGUGCUACUUUGUGCAAAGCAUGGUAAUUAUUUUUAGAGAAGUCAGUUUAUAAAAGUUACUGCCUUUUCUGUAUUAUUAGAUAAAUUUUUCAAAAAAUAAAGAAAAAAUAGGUCCUAGUCAUGCAUUGCUGCUCAAAAACUGUUAGCAGAAAGGCCAUGACAGUAAGUUGCUAUGGUGGCUGGUGAGGGAGACUCAAUGGUAGAACACGGGCCCGGCAUGCAUGAAGCCCUGGUCCAGUCUCCAACCCCAGUCAGUGAGGGAAUGAGACAACACAUGAACAGUUGCCAUGGCAAUAACAGGUUUUUCCUAGGAGAAAUGACAUAGAACACUAGAAGUACCGCCCCUCCUUCACCUUAACACGGCUGGAGUGCAGCAAAAUUGUUCUGUGGUCAGGGUUCUGGCUCGACCAGUUUGUUAAGAAUAGUACUUAUUUUGAACAGCCAGCUUUGAUUGCUUAAAAUAAUCUCUAGACACGUGAACACCGUUCACAGAAAUACCUGUAUACUUGGCGAGGUCUUCUCAGGGGUGCCGGGCUUUGUUCCAUAAUGUAGGUCACAGUCCUGCCGGCUCUUGGCUCUGUCUCAGAUAGCAAUGACGCAGAGGCAGGAGGCAAGAGCCGGAACAAGGCUUCCCGGGCCCGCUCCAGCAUCAGGAAGACAGCGCACCGACCCCUGCGCUGCUGUCUUAGGGACUCAAGGAACAAAACACAGGCGAGGGCAGUGGCAGUCGCCACCCCGACACAGUGUCAGUUGUGUCCACUGUCCCGGGGUCUCUGCACAGAUCUCGUCAGCUCUUUGCUGCCAGCACUGGGGUGUGACCCAGCGGCAUGCUGGCCUGGCCUGUGCUCCAAGGUGUUGCAGCCGGUCACGGCCGUCACCCAGGAAGGUCAGCAGAGGUCAAGUUCAGACGCGCUGUGCAUGAAGGUUCAAGGAAAGCGUGCGAGGGGCAACGCAACUGCUUCUGAACUUGACACUGGAAUCUUUGUUUCCCGAAGUGGUCUGAGUUGCUGGGGAAUCUUGGUGUGGAAGACAGGGCUCUUCCUGCCCCGCCCCGGGCCAGGUGACUAGGGAUGGAAGGUGUAUCUCUCCCCAGAACACUUUCCCAUGUCCUUUGUCCUCAGCGGUGGCCCCGCGGCGUGUCCCCAGCCCAGCUGCACGUGGCUGGGUUAGUCUCUGCGAAGGCCUCGCUUCAGAGCUGCGCAGGCGCUCCCGACAAGGCUGCGGACCUGCGGGUCCCCUUGCUGUCUGCGCACGCUGCACGUCAACAUUAACGUGCAGUCCUUCUAGAUCUUUGCUGUGAGCGCUGGCAGGUCAGGAGCAGCCCCGACUAUCUUCCUUGUGCUGAAAGAUUCCACUGGUAGAGAUGGUCCAGUCCCGAGCAGCUCGCGGCCCUUAAGCCUCGUGAGCCUCGCAGAGGUCUGCAUGUCCACUUCUGCCCCCGAGGAAAAGAGACGCGGCCUGACCACGCAAAGCGGGUGUUCGUAUCGCCGCCAGCCCUGAUCCCGCAGCGGCCCACCCAGGCACCAACACAAGGGACAAUUGGUUCUAUGAAUUGCUUCAUUAAAUUUUCUCUAAAUUUUGCUCUUUUGGGGAAAAAAAAAUACAAUUCUUAAAAGACAGCUGGCUGUCACUGGUGCUGCCCUCAGAGCUUUCCGUUUUCUGUACUUUCCGUGAAUGAAGCGGCUGCUGUGGGAAGCCGGGCUCACCUGAGUGUCGUGAGAUGAGUGCGGGAGUUUGGCAGCUGUGUGGCGUUUGCAUUUCGCACCGGGUCUCGAAUGCAACCAGCUCUUUUCAGUAACAAUUGCCUACCUGCCUGCAUUCUUCUCCCAGAAGGCUUGUUUUAGUGGUUGAAAGCCAAAACCUCUAAUCUGAGCCUGCGUGGCCAAGGUGGGCAGUCUCAUUACUGUCUGACAAGUUGAAGUGAUGGAUGGAUGAUGAGCCUUUGGGGGGCCUGGCACACCUUUCUGGGUUCUGGGGAGUCAAUCUCCUUUACUCUGUCUUCUGAGUACCUUUUCAAAUGUCUGUAGAUUCUCUUGUACCCUCCUAAUGAAAACGAAUGCUGUCUGUCAAGAAAUGGCGUGGGACAGUUGGAAGAUCUAGGGAAAGAAUAGUAAGUACACGCGAGACCUUCAGCUGGUCUUUUAUGUAUUCAGAAUAAAAAGUAGUUUGAUAAGAGUUAGUGUUCCUUUAAAAACUCCCUUUGAGAACUUGGGAACUGUCCCUUAGGAGAGCUGUAAAAGUGAUUCCCAACACGUUGCAGUUUCUUUAGAUUUCUAGUCUUUUGGUGUAUGUGUCUCAUGUUGUGUUUCUGGAGCUGUGAGAAAACCGUCUGGAAGAUUUGAGGAUCUUCCUCACGCAGUGAUUAUCUGGCUGCAUUCUGUCGAGCUGGGCUCCAGAGCAGCUGUUCACUUCUUUUUCUGUCGUCCUGAUAGGAAGUGGUCUGCCAGCUGGGUAAAGUGGAUUAUGCUUAUAAUCCAGCUCUUAGGAGGCUGAGGCAGGAGGAUUUCUGUGAGUUCCAACCUGGGAUACAGAGUUUAGAUCCUUCCUCAAAAGUAAUAAUGAUAAUUUGUUUAUUCCAUAAUGACACCUAAAGACUUCAGCCUUCUAUUAGGCAACCAUGGGGAUGGGAUCCCCAUCUGCACAGCGACUUGUCUUUCAGUAGUGGGGAACUCUGUGUGUGUAACUGAGUGUUCAUAUAGCAACUGCUGAGAGAACCCCAUUGUUUAGUUGACCCACACCCUUCCUGUUUAGGAAGGCUGCUGCUAGUAACACCCGUUUACACUGUUCUGCUUAUGUAUGUGUCUGGAGGUCUGGAACCUGGAAUAAAUAUGACUGUAUUGGUA